CGUGACGGAGGAAUCCGCGGAAUUAUGGCCGGCAGACUCCCCCGGGGUGUGGCGAGCGAGGACGCGGGACCGGCCCGGCACGCCCUGCGGGUCCAUAUGAAGCAUCAUAGAAGGGAGCACGCUCGCUCGCGUCAGGAUUCUUACGCCGCUUGGGGGUCGGGGGGGGGGUGGAGGCGGGGAGGGACUUGCCUGCUACUGCUGCUGCUGCUGCUCGCGAUACACAGAGGUCACGCGUCGUCUCCUCUUGCUGCUUCUGGCAUCGCCGAGCCUCGGACCGCUGCACGUGCACAAACCUGGAAGAGUCGAGCGGUCCCGGGCGGCGAGGAUGGGGAACGCGCUGUGGACGCGGCCGCCCGACACGGCGGAGGGCGAGUACGUGCGGGACACGGUGGCCUCCAACUGCGUCGUCAUCUUCUCCAAGACCGCGUGCCCCUACUGCACCAUGGCCAAGCGGGCGUUCGACGAGAUCGGCGCGCGCUACCUCGCCGUGGAGCUGGACCGGCGCGCCGACGGCCGUGCCCUGCAGCAGGCGCUGGCGCUGGCCACGGGCGCUCGCACCGUGCCGCAAGUCUUCGUCAACGGGCGCUGCAUCGGGGGCGGCACGGAGACGCAGCGCCUGAGCCAGCAGGGCCGGCUCGCCGCGCUCGUCGCCAAGUGCCGGCUCCCCGACGCCGGCACCGCCAACGCCGAGGCGGCCGGGGCGGAGCGCUAGCGUCCGCGACUGGCGGAGAGCCAGCGUCUGGUUUCCAGCGUCCGCGAGGGGCGGCCGCAGCGUGAUCCUGGCGUUCCUGGAAUCACAACCCCCCCCACCCACCCACCCACCCCCCCCCCCCGCAGCUUCUUAACAGCCAGACAUUGUCCGUCCUCAACUGUUAUUAUUAUUUUUGUCCUGCCAAUUGUUAUCCCGAUUGCGCUGUUGGCGUGGCGUCGACCACGGGACGAAGCGUCCACUGGGAUCACUCGCAGAGCGGUGGCGACCCGACGGGGUCGCCUUGCAGAACGGCCCGCGGGAAGCGGAUGCCGCGGAGCUACCGCCGAGACGCCUUCGCGCGGUAGAGGGCAGCGCUCGCUCCGUACGAGCCGCGUUAAGUGGCGUUCGCCCGUCGUAGGCUAACAGUUGAUCUACACUGGGACAGGUUCGUCUUUUGUUUAUGCGCAUUGUGCAUUGUACGCGCAACGUUUCAAGCGACACAUUUAUAUUCAUGGUCUGCUUUUGUUCACGUAUGAGUAGAGACAAUUCUGCAUUGCGCGCCAUUUAGAUUCGAUUGAGAGAUCUGAUUUGUGGAUUUACCCGAACGAUAGCACUUUUUCCCGGGCGCAAAUCAUUACGAAGGUUCUUGGUGUAAACCUUAUACACGUGCGUUCGUUAUUCGAGGCUGCGUGAUGCAGUAAUCGGCGUUGGUUUUACCGUUCUCUGGCGUACGCGGUGAAUUCUCAACUGCAAGCGGUGCGUGUUAGGCCUGUCACAGUUCCACCCACCUUGCCCCACGCAAUUCAACGCAUCGCCACGAUUCAGAGGUCGCCCUUUCGAUUCUCGAAUGGAAUCUCAUUUAGCGCCGGCGAGAUGAAGUGGCUGCGGCGGGGGGGCGGGGGGGGGGGUCACUUGAACCAAGGCAGAAACGCAAAGACAAUAGCCGCCUUUCGCUCGCGUGCAAUCGCGAGCCAAUCCAUGCCUUUUAAUCGCUCCGUUGUGUUUUGCACGCCCGGGUCACGUUGGCAGCACCGUCACCAGGCUGCCGCGUCUAUUUGCUGUUAGGGAAACAAAGGUGGGGUUGGGAAACAGUUGGGAACAGACCGGUGCCAACCCUCGUAACAACAUGCCCGACAGCUGCCACGCAUGCAUUUAACAAGUUUGGUAGAGCUGGUAAAUGUUGCUUAAACAGUGUAGUACACGCUGUUCACUCAAACAGGAGAAACCGAUUUUUUUUUUAUAUCUCAGUAUAUAUAAUUCAUCUCAAGCCUCCCGUAGAUCACGUGACUUCUGUGUGGCUACCCCCACUCUGAACCCUUCCCCUCUCCCCGCCCCCUGUGAGAACUUGUGCUCGCUCCUCUCUUCCCUCUCAUCAUCUCAUCCCCGACAACAUGGCCCAGUCAUUCCUCUUCUUCUUCCUGUACGGUGUUCCUCUGCUCCUGAUUCUCCGUUCCUUGUUUUCUUAUUUUCCCCAUUCUUUCUCGUCUCUCUUCCCGCUCCCAUCCCCCACCCCCUUGAGUCUACUCCUCUCCAUACUUUGGUGUGUGCCAUGGGUACAAUAUUUAAUUUUAGCACAAUUCCAAUGCAGCAGUGUGUGUGUGUGCACUGUGGGCAUGUAUGCAUGUGUAAACUAAUUUCCAUUCUAACCGAAUGCUUGAAAAUGUCGAACUGAGUGAGAGGAUUGCACUGAAACAUCAAAGACAUAAUAAUAUAAUAAAAACAAUGGCUGCUUAAAA